AUGGCAAGGUUGGAUUGUAAGAAAGAAGUUGUGCCAUUCACAGCCAUGGCAUCAGUAGAGUGCAUAAGCGUGAUCUUAAACACCUUGUACAAAGCGGCAGCUGCGAAAGGAUUGAGCUAUUUUGUCUACGUCACAUAUUCUUAUGCUUUAGGCGCACUUGUUUACUUACCUCUUCUCUUCAUCUUUCCUAGAACGGGACUUCCCCCAUUAAAGCCCUCUAUCCUUUACAGAAUUCUCCUCCUCUCAGUGAUCGGGUAUGCGGGUAAUAUAUGCAUAUUUAAAGGUAUAGAAUAUAGCUCACCGACUCUUGCUUCGGCCAUCAGCAACCUUCAGCCAGCGUUUACUUUCGUAUUGGCUGUCAUCUUCAGGAUGGAAAAACUCGAUCUUGGAAGCUCAAGCACUAGAGCCAAAACCAUAGGCACUAUACUUUCAGUAUCAGGUGCAUUAAUAGCGAUCCUCUACGAUGGCCCGGUAAUUCUAUCGUCUUCAUCACCCUCAUCACUUGAGUAUCCUCUGCAAACACCAGAAACAAAUUGGAUUCUAGGUGGCCUUUUACUUGUUGCCUUCUGCAUUCUGGUCUCAGUCUGGUACAUUCUUCAGACCCACGUCAUCAAAUUAUACCCGGCUGAGGUAACUGUGGUAGUCCUAUUCUCUCUAUGCACAUCAAUUAUUGCAGCAGCGGUAUGCUUCAUAGUAGAGACAGACACAAGUGCUUGGAGAUUGAGGACUGAUUUAGCAUUACCCACCAUUGUACUUUAUGGAUUGUUUGGUCCUACCUUCACCGCAACCGUUCACACAUGGGGGCUGCACUUGAAGGGCCCCGUCUAUGUCACGAUCUUUAGGCCGAUUGCCAUCGUCAUUGCAGCUGCUAUGGGAGUCAUGUUCCUGGGUGAUGUUCUGCAUCUUGGGAGUGCUAUAGGAGCAAUGAUACUAUUAGUCGGUUUUUACGGUGUGAUAUGGGGAAAAGCAAAUGAAGAAACUAUGAGCAAGGAUUCUGCCUCUGCAGAUCACCCUGGAGCUUCACCUGAUGGAGAGCAUUUGUUGAGAAGUUAG